AUGGCCAACCAGCAAGUGGGCAUGGUCUAUGACCGUGUCAUCCAGGAGGUGUGCGAAGCAUCGCGAGUCGACUUUGAGGAAGGCGGAGUCGACCAACAGACUCUGGAAGAGAUGAAAACCAGCUGGCAGCAAAAGCUGUCUCUUCUCGGAGUCGCCCAUUUUCCUUGGGAUCCUCCACUCAAGCAGAGCCCACCGCCGGUGCAGCCUCCUAAUCCAAUCCUUCCUCCGCCUGCCACAGUGCCUUCCAACGUUCCACGUCAGACCCAUCCACCGGCGCAACCAUCGUCGACACUUCCACCUCAAGCACCCGUUCCAGAUACUCUGUCCUCUACCCCCAAUAUCCCUGGCCCGGCCAUCAAAAUCGAGCCAGGAAUCAAUGGCCAAAGUACCAGUGCGGCGCCCCCGGGGCUACUUGAUGCUCAGGCCCUUGCUCGCGAACGUGCCAUGAAUAACAUGCAUUCGAAGUACGGAGCAGCAGCGGCCAAUUCAGUUAGCCAGUUGCAAGCCCAGAGCCAAGCAGCUCUCUCUUUGCCGGGACAGCAACGGCCUCCGAACGGCCUCGCCUCUCAUAGCGUCGCUCAAGAUGCCAUGAAGCCUGUUCAGCAACCAUAUCCACGGAUAGCGCCGCCUCAACGAGCUCCAUACCAACCACCACAAACCGAUGGUGCCAAUGAUGCCAACGAUGCGCUUGCCGAAUGGAAAGCAGAAGUUGCCCGCAGACGCGAAUAUGCCAAACGCCAAAAUGGCGACGCCGACCGACUGUUAAUGACACAAUUAAGACUUGAUGCGUUACGCCUCGAAGGCGGCGGUCUCAUGCUCCCGCUUGAUGAGCAUUCCUCUUCCAAGUUAAUGAGACGGAUCCCUUCGGAUCAGAAUACACUUUCUGCGCAGACUGACGGCCCUGCUGAUGACGAGGAUGAGGAUGCCAUCAACUCCGACCUCGACGACCCGGAUGAUCUUGUUAACGAGGAUCCAGAAGGGGACGAGGCUGUUGGACAGGUGAUGCUCUGCACUUAUGACAAAGUCCAGCGGGUAAAAAAUAAGUGGAAGUGUACAUUGAAAGACGGCAUCCUCUCCACUGGCGGUAAAGAAUAUGUCUUUCACAAGGGACAGGGCGAGUUUGAAUGGUAG